AUGGGAUGUGGAAGUUCAAAAAUCUCUACAGGAGAUGUUCUUGCUUUAGGGGCUAUCCAGAUUAUGAUUGGCACCUUUCAUGUUUUCUUGUGGUAUUUCAUAUUGAUUUUAUAUAUGGGACAAAUUAAAGGAGUCUUUGGAACAUAUGAACCUAUAACUUAUAAAACAGGAAGUGCUUUAUGGGGAAUUUUUUUUAUCCUUGCAGGAGCCUUGACAAUAAGAUCGGUACGGCAUCCAUCUCGAACUGUGUUUAUAUGCACUUUAGCUAUGAACAUCCUCUGCAUGAUUCUUGCAAUUGCUGCAGCAAUUCUGACGGUGGUUGAGUUGUGUACUUUUAAAUCAGUGUCAUAUAGGAAUUAUGGACAAGCAAAACUGGGGAGGGAAGUUUCACGUAUCUUAUUGGUCUCCUACCCCUUGGAAUUUGCUAUUGCACUUACAUACUCAAUCUGCAUUUGUUCAUCUUUGAGUUUCCAAGCCACGCUGCCCCUGGUCUUCACGCGCUCUCCUCGCGCAGCGCCCUGCAGCAGCGCUCUUGGCCAUAACUGUGGCGUUGGGACAGCGCGAGAGGCAAUGAGCGCCACACGAAGGCCGGGCACCCCCUGGGCAGAUGCUGCCUCCAGAAACCCCAGACCUGGAAGAUCUGUAACCAAAGGCAACACCAACAAGAUCACACCCUCCUGA